ACUUGAUGCUCAGUCCCGUCAAAGCGUGUUCGCCACGAGCACGUGUUUACGUUUACGCUCAUUCACCGAUUUUACCGGAUAAUCAUAAUAAUUGCUCUAUUAUCAUUGAAUGUCUUCGUGUCUAAUAAACAUCAAUAUAUUGCAACAGUAUCAUCGUUCGUUCACUCGCUGAUUUGAAUGGAAUUAUCUGUUAUAAAAAUAUUUUGCGGUUCAACUUUUUGGGCCUGAAACUUGUCUUGGAACACUACCGUUCCUGAUAUGUCACGCCAUGAUUUAAAAAGACCUUUCUAGUAUGAGCACCGUGCCUGUUUUUGUGGCUUUUCUCUUCACUAGAGAUCUAUUACUUAAGGAAUAGCAAAUACAAGGAAAUACUAUGGAAUAGGCUCAAUAUGAUAAAAGUGCAUAAUAUUACAAUAAUUGAUAAACAACAGUAAAUUGAGGACUUCACAACCAGCACAAAUAAGUAGUGAGUCGACAGUAUGAAGAUCAGAAUAACUAUCAAAUCGAUUCACUAUACUUAUGGGCAUGCUAGAACACACUAGAGACCUAUCUCUUGGACCUGAGUGGCGAGUGUAUACGAAUUCCAGGAGAAAGCCGUCUUGUGUGAAGUAGCAUUGGUAACUUUUGCAGUUUAUGUACUAUUUGACGAUAACCAUGUAUUGGAUGCACAGACAGAUAUUGUUUCUUUAUCUUUAUUCAACAUUUUACGUUUUCCAUUAUCCAUGUUACCAAUGUUGAUGUCAAAUGUAGUACAAGGAUUUAUAGCCUAAUAUGUACCACAGCAAACUUGGAUACAGAAUACAUCACUUAUAAAAACGUCAUUGAUGCAUGUGCAUUGAAAGCUGACUUCCAAACGCUUCCAACAGAUUGGAAUCAGUCUCAGCGGAUUUUCGGUAAUGGUGCUCCAUAUAUCACCAAAAAAAUCACACCAUACGUACGAUGGUGAAAGAAACAGUGCGAACAAAACGGCUAAGUGGUUAAAAAGUUGCAUGAUCCUCUUUGCGCGUGGUGACGAAAAAAAUUUAACUUGACUGUUAUGUUAGACACUCGGCAGAAAACUAAACGGUGCAGUAGAAUGGAUGUGUCAGAGAUAUGAGCGCUUUGCUGUGCCAACCACCACUUCCAAUAAUUGCGCUAUAGAUUUGCCUGGCACGCUCGCUCAUCCAAACGAACCAAUUCCGCGGGCUCGUGAUCAAAUUUCUCCCACUUGGUGGCGUCUGGAGCGGCUACUUGUUAUACUAUAAUUUUCCCACUAUAGGGUAGGCCACAAUGUUUAAAUUUCAAGCCUCUGUCAGCAAUGUACAUUUUACGAGCAUUCAGCAGUAUAAUAUGCGUACUAUUUACCAUUCAACCAUAAGUUUAAAACGGUUAUAACUUAAGAGUUGUAUAGGAAAAAAACUAAAAAAAGCGGGUUUCGGCAAAAAUCGUUUUCCAUCUAAUGCCUCUACUAUAUUUUCCGGCAGAGUGAAAUAUUUUCUGACAAUCUUUUUGAAUUGAUAUUCCGUCAUUUCGAACAUCGAGUCGGACGUUAUUUGUUCUGCCAUAAUUACUUUUAUAGCAUCCAUCGUCUCUUCGGUCAAUUCCUUGCCAGUAGGUCCUUUGAACUUUUUUGCGACCUUAGUUAGCACCGUGUUAAAAAUCUUUACGGGCUUGACUAAUUUUAAUAUCAUAUGUUCGCCACCUUUUACCACAGGGCCCAGAAGGCCGCGUCGUUGUCGAGAAAUUACGACAUCAUCGUUGUUAGCAAGGGGAUGCAAGAUCCAGUAUUGUUUUCUGGUACAUUAAGAAUGAAUUUGGAUCCAACUAAUAGUAAUACGGAUGCACAGCUGUGGAGUGCCCUGACACUUGUCCAUUUAAAAGCAUAUGUUGUAGGGCUGGCUGGUGUUUUGGAUUAUGAAGUGUCAGAAGGAGGUGAAAAUCUUAGCGUAGGCCAAAGACAACUGGUGUGUUUGGCGAGAGCAUUGUUGAAGAAGACAAAAAUAUUAGUGUUGGUCGAAGCGACGGCGGCAAUCGAUUUGAAAACGGACGAUCUCAUACAAACGACCAUACGAUCAGAAUUCAAAGACUGUACAGUGUUGACGAUCGCUCAUCGUCUGAACACCAUUAUGGAUUCUGACAAGGUAAUUGUGUUGGACGAUGGUUUCAUAAUCGAAUACGACUCACCGGCCAAUUUACUACUAGACAAAUCGUCUGAUUUCCAUUCAAUGGAAAAAGACGCAGGUCUAGCGCAAUAACGAUGUUUGGACAAUUGUGCAAGACUUAGGUUUUUUUUUCUUAAUGUGAUUUUACAAAAAAAAUUCUUAAUAUCUCGACAGAUAAUAUUUUAUUCAAAUUUCACACGCAAUUUUUGUCGAAUUAUCGUAAAUAAUAAUUAUAUCGAUCGACGUUUACGCCUAACCCGCACUGCAGGGUGAGGCGUGUCCCAUUGAAUUUGGUACUAAUUGUUAUACCAAUUAUACCAAUCUCGCGUAACGCGUCAGCCCAACAUUUUUUUUUUGUUUUACAAUGGUCAUUUGAUUUCGUUUUAUUAUUUCUACGGCGUUUACACUACAGGAAUUAGUAUUACAUAGAAUACAAAAUUGUUAUAAUUUAUCAUAUGUGAUAUAGGUGCAUGUACCGUUCGAACUUUUCUGAACAAAUUGUUUACCCGAUUAAACUUUUGCCUGUUUUAAUUUUCCUUACCAAGCCGUCCACGUCGUGUACUGAAUUCUUACCGUUGUAGGUGUUAUGUUAUAAGUAUAUGUGUUCAUAUUUUCUUGUUAUAUAUUUCUUGUACUAUUGCGGUACAAUGUGGUUGCGUACCUAUAUUAUGUUUUACGAGAGGUUCAAUAUAUUAAUAUUGUGUUCAGUGUUUUAUGUUUUAUUGACAAAGACUGAUAUUUUUAUAUCAUCAGAAUAAAAAUAAAUUAUAUAUUUCCCUCAUAUUUUGUGUAAAUAAAUAAAUUUUUUAUUGUUUAGAUAAAUAAACAAAAUGUUCCAAAAUGUACGUUUUUAUAAUAUAUUUUAGAUAAAUACCCUUUUGCUAAGUUAUUUUUUUUUCAUACGCUUUUUUUAUCACUAUUUUUGUGAUUUUUCCGUG